CUCAAUGCAAAUAGACUUUAUGUACUUUACUUGCAUAGAGUUUGCAUAAACUUGUUAGGAUCUAGGAGUGCAUGUUUUCUCAUGCACAGAAUAUAAUCUAGGUAUAUACACAGCAUACAAAGCAGUGAUGUUGACCCAGCUAAGAAGACGAGUAGUGAUCACUGGGAUGGGCAUUGCUAGUCCUUUGGGAUGUGGUGUCAGCCAUGUGUGGAAGAAACUGCUUGCUGGAGAAUCAGGAAUAACCCGGCUCCCCCAAACCGAUGAAUUCAAGAAAAUUCCGUGCAAAAUAGCUGGUGUUGUGCCAGUACAUGAAUUGAAUAUCGAUAAGUGUCUGACACCGGCUGAAGCGAGGACAAUGUCAAAAGAUUCGAUACAUGCCAUUGCAGUUACAGAACAAGCUCUCAAGGAUGCUAACUGGUGGCCACAUUUGCAAACUGAAGAAAGCCGUUUUCGAACAGGGGUCAACAUAGCAAAUGUAGGAACGGGGAUGGUUUUCAUGAUAUCACAGAAUUAUGAUUAUGUGAGAGCUGGAGAUAUACGGAAGAUCAAACCACACUUUAUACCUAUGUGUUUGCCGAACCUAGGUGCCGGCAAUGUGAGUAUUCAUUUCAAACUUCAAGGACCUAACCUUUGCAUAGCCUCCGCCUGUGCUGCCGCAUCCCAUGCGAUUGGAGUGUCAACAAAUACGAUAUCAAGGGGAGAUGCUGACGUCAUGGUAACUGGAGGGGUUGAAUUAAUGUUACACCCUCUAAUCUUAGCUGGGCUUACUCGUGCGAAAGCUCUCUGUACCAAGUUUAAUGAAGAGCCUCUUAAAGCAUCUCGACCUUUUGACUCGAGGAGAGCUGGCUAUGUGCCUAGUGAGGGGACUGCAGUCCUCAUUUUGGAAGAAUUGGAACAUGCAAGAAGCAGAGAAGCUAAAAUUUAUGCUGAGAUAUUAGGCUAUGGGAUGUCAGGAGAUGGCUUUCACGCCACAUCUCCCCCUGUUGAUGGAAAUGGUGCACAGAGAGCAAUGAAAGCAGCCAUGAAGGAUGCCGGUGUUCAACCAGAGGACGUAACACACAUCAAUGCUCAUGCAACCUCAACACCCCUUGGAGACAGAGCCGAGAACUUUGCAAUCAAACAAGUCUUCAAAGAACAUGCACAGAAUCUUCUUGUGUAUUCAGCCAAAGGAGCUUUAGGCCACACCCAAGGAGCUGCUGGUGCAGUGGAGUCUGUGAUCACCGCCAUGUCCAUCAGCGAAGGACUCGUUCCCCCUAACUUGAACCUAGAAGUGAAAGAGUCUGAGUUUGACCUCAACUAUCCAACGGGACAGCCAUCACAGUGGGCAGUGGAAAAAGGAAAGAGAAGAAUUGCACUCAGUAAUUCAUUUGGGUUUGGUGGAGCUAAUGGUGUUGUGUGCAUAGCAGAAUUCGUUCCAUAAAAUUAUAUAGCUAGAUAUAUAUUAAUAUCUACGUCUUAUAUACAUGACUGUAGUCUACUUUUGUUGAAUAAUCAGAGUUUAAAUAUGA